AUGACUAUCAAUUUGUUUGCCAAACAAGUAUCCGGACUGCUCUCGCCCGCCCCUUCGCAGGCGUACCUUGAGGAGAGCUAUGCACCAGAGAUGCUGGCUGCGAUUGGGACGUUAUUUGGAUUGGCGAUGAUAUGCGUGCUGCUACGAGUUUACGUAAGGGUCGUUAUGCUAAAGGUGUUCGGCGUCGAUGAUUGGUUGAUGAUGCUUUCAGCGGUUUUAAGUGUAGCAUGCUUCUCCUCUUUCGCCGCACUCACGCAUGUUGGAGUAGGCCAUCACGUUGAGUACUUCACCUAUGUACGGCCUGAUCACCGGAAGAGAUUCUUCGAGAUAUCAUGGUGGUAUGCCUGGAUACUUGUUGCCGCCUAUUCUAGUAUCAAGAUAUCCAUUGCUUGCUUCCUACUUCGAUUCGCGGAUCAUCGCCGCCAUUGGCAAUGGUCGCUAUAUGCCAUGAUAGUCAUUUUAAUCCUGUUCACCAUUGGAUCCGUUCUCUCAUUGGUAUUGCAAUGUUUACCCAUUCAAGCAGCAUGGGACUUCAAUUUGCGGCCGCCUACAGGAAAUGCAAACUGCUACUCGACCACGACGUUUCGAAAUACUGGCGUCUUCAACUCCGUGUUUAACUUGGCUACUGAUCUCAUCCUCGCUCUAUCACCCAUGCCCAUUAUAUGGAAGAUACAGACAGAUCUACGAACUAAAAUCUCACUAUGCAUCGUCAUGGGACUCGGUCUAUUUACCUGCGGUGUGGCUGCCUACAAGAUACCCCUCCAGUUCCACUUCUUCGAUGAGAAAGAUUUCUUAGGCCGGGGAGCAUGGUAUUACGUCUGGCAACAAACGGAAAUGAACGUUGGAAUUAUCGCAGCUUGUCUACCUACUCUGAAACCCAUAGCUGCCAGCUUUCUCGGCACGGUCAGCGCUCUGACGUCAAGCAAUCGAUAUGCAUCACGACACCCGACUACCGGGCCGUCCCGACCUAACGCCUCAAACGGAUACAUAAGGCAAGCGGAGCGCAGUGGUACACGUUCGUAUGCGAUGAAAGACUUGAAUUGCAGCAACGAGGGUUCACUCAAUGGUAGUGCGAUCGACAAGGAAUACCUCGAGAGUGGAGUAGCACAUACGACGCACAUAGGACGGGUGAGUUGUGCGGCAGGAAGUGAGGAUAGCAUAUUACCCGCCCAGAAAGGGAUUAUGAGGACUGUUGAGGUCGAGGUUUCGUGA